AUGAGAGUAUAAAAAUAUUUUUGGUAAUAUAAAAUUUAAAUGAAUAAACCAAACCUUAUGUAAUUCUUCGAAACUCGAAAGUCGUAAAUGCAAAAUAUUAUGAUUUUAUCAAGGUUUUUCAUUUUUUUGAAAAUUGAAAACCUUUUGUCAAAUUUUGAACGUAAAAAAUGA